CGAUUCUCCAAUGUUCACAGCUCGGCCGGAGCCUGUCGUCUUCCCGGCUCCAUUUCCACAGGAUUUUUACCACUCGUAACCGCCCCAGAUCAGGACAGGAUCGCGCUAAAGGUAAAGAAGAAGCUUUCAGGGGGAAAAUGUCUAGUGACAGACAACGUUCAGACGACGAAAGUCCGAGCACCAGCAGUGGCAGUUCUGAUGCGGAUCAGAGGGAUCCGCCGGUACCAGAACCUGAGGAGCAAGAAGAGAGAAAACAGCCCACAGCAACUCAGCAGCAAAAGAAAAAUACCAAAUUAUCCAGUAAAACAACAGCUAAACUGUCCACCAGUGCUAAAAGAAUUCAGAAGGAGCUAGCUGAAAUUACUCUGGAUCCUCCGCCUAACUGCAGUGCUGGGCCAAAAGGAGACAAUAUAUAUGAAUGGAGAUCCACCAUCCUUGGGCCUCCUGGCUCUGUUUAUGAGGGAGGAGUGUUCUUUCUGGACAUAACCUUCUCAUCUGAUUACCCCUUUAAACCACCAAAGGUCACUUUCCGCACUAGGAUUUAUCACUGCAAUAUCAACAGUCAGGGAGUCAUCUGUUUGGAUAUACUGAAAGACAACUGGAGCCCUGCUCUGACUAUUUCAAAGGUCCUAUUGUCGAUCUGCUCCCUCCUGACAGACUGCAAUCCUGCUGACCCUCUUGUUGGAAGCAUAGCCACUCAGUAUCUGACCAACAGAGCAGAACAUGACAGGAUAGCCAGACAGUGGACAAAGAGAUAUGCUACAUAGAUGGCAGGAGCUCUUGUGCAGUGUGAAGAAUCAGGAGGCAACUUUACAACGUGCAACAAAUCUUUAUAGCCUUUACAAUACGGACUUCUGUGUAUAUGUUAAACUGAUUCUACUCUAUGCUUUUAUCCUAUGAAGACUGGGAAGAGUUCCCCACAGGUAAAUGCUACUGGAGUAGAAUUUUGUAGCUGUAGAUUUAGUUAUGUUUAAAUGCCUACUUGCAAGUCUUGCUUCUUUGGGAUAUCAAAAUGUAUUUUGUGAUGUAAUAAGGAAAUUGUUCCUAAAGUCAACCAAAUAUUAUGGUGCAUUUUAGCCUAAUCCAUUAUCUGUAUGAAGUUAAAUAAAAUAGCUGUAGAAUAUUAGGAAUUAUGUCAUUUAUAUUAAACCCAGAUCCAUUUCCAGUUAUGUGGUACAUGCUGUUGUGAACUCUGUUUUACCUUUGUCAGUUUGUAAUGAAGAGAUUUCAUUUAACCUUUUGUAGCUCAGCGAUAAUGAGCAACCGCUGUAACACCCCAAAACACAAUAAACUUGUUCCCCAGGGUAA